AUGGACCGAGCCGAGCCGUCAACUUAUGCCUCUUUCAAGGUUAGCAAGAACUUUCUGUCAGACCAACCAACGAACACUUACGUAUAUAUCUUUCUUAUACAACGCUCUGUUUCAACAAAGGGUCAAUAG